CCUCGAGCAGGAAUGGUGCCCCCAGGGAAGAAACCAGCCGGAGAGGCCUCCAACUCCAACAAGAAGUGCAAGCGUUACUUCAAUGAGCACUGGAAGGAGGAGUUUCCUUGGCUGGACUUCGACUACGAGCGGAAGCUGAUGUUCUGCCUUGAGUGCCGCCAGGCCCUGGUGCGGAACAAGCAUGGCAAGGCCGAGAAUGCCUUCACGGUGGGCACGGACAACUUCCAGCGCCACGCCCUGCUGCGCCAUGUCACGUCGGGGGCCCACCGCCAGGCUCUGGCCGUCAACCGGGGCCAGCCCACUUUUGAGGGUCAGGCUGAGGGAGGAGGGGCCUACCCAGACCUGGAGACCACCCCCACCUCCAGGGGCGUCAAGGUGGAGGUGGACCCCGCCAAAGUGGCCGUGCUGACCACGGUGUACUGCAUGGCCAAGGAGGACGUACCUGACGACCGCUGCUCUGCCCUGCUUGAGCUGCAGAGGUUCAACCUGUGCCAGGCACUGCUGGGCACAGAGCAUGGUGACUACUACAGCCCCAGGCGGGUGAGGGAUAUGCAGGUGGCCAUUGCCAGUGUCUUGCACACAGAGGCCUGCCAGCGCCUGAAGGCAUCCCCGUAUGUGGGGCUGGUGUUGGAUGAGACCAGGGACUGGCCUGAGUCCCACAGUCUGGCCUUGUUUGCCACUUCGGUAUCCCCCUGUGAUGGCCAGCCGGCUACCACCUUCCUGGGCAGUGUGGAGCUACAGGAGGGUGAGGCCACUGCUGCCCAACUCCUGGACAUCCUGCAGGCCUUCGGCGUGUCUGCUCCCAAGCUGGCCUGGCUCACCUCGAGCCUCCCCAGUGACCGCCUUGGGCAUGUGAGCCUGCAACUCCGGGCUGCCUGCCCACUGCUCACCGAGCUACACUGCCUCCCUGGCCGGACAGAUCCCGAGCCCCCUGCCUACCUAAGUGAAUACGAAAGCGUGCUGGACGCCCUAUUCCGGCUCCAUGGUGGCCCCAGCUCCCACACGGUCCCGGAGCUCCGGGCGGCACUGGACCUUGCAGCUAUUGACUUGGCAGGACCGCGGCCAGUGCCCUGGGCGUCCCUGCUGCCUAUUGUGGAAGCAGUGGCUGAGGCUUGGCCUUGCCUGGUACCCACACUGGAGGCCUCUGCCCCCACCUCCCCUACAGCGAGGCCACUGGCUCUUGCCCUGCGCCAGUUCACCUUCGUGGCCUUCACCUACCUGCUGCUGGACACUCUGCCCACCGUGCAGAAGCUCCCCCUUGUCCUGCAGCCAGAAGAGCCGGACUUAGCCUUGCUGCAGCCCCUGGUGAUGGCAGCGGCGGCCUCCCUCCAAGCACAACGCAGCUCGGGUGGGGCGCGCCUCCAGGGCUUCCUGCAGGAGUUGGCUUCCUCCUGCCCCGACUCUGGCGGUGGGCGCUGCACCUACCGCGGCGUGGAGCUGCUCGGCUACUCUGAGGCCGCCGUGCGGGGCUUGGAGGGGCUGCGGGGGGCCUUGCUGGACUCCAUGCGGAGGGGACUGUGGGACUCCUACCCCGGGCCCUCGCUGGACGCCGUGACCGCCUUCGCGGCGAUCUUCGACCCGCGCGGCUACCCGCAGGCACCCGAGGAGCUGGGCGCGCACGGCGAGGGGGCGCUGCGGGUGCUGCUGCGCACCUUCGCCCCCGCGGUGGUGCGCCAGCGGGCGCUGGGCGACUUCGCGCUCUUCAAGCGCGUGGUGCGCAGCCUGGGGCGGCUGGGCCCGCGCGCCCUGUGCGCCAAGCUAGCGUGCGCGCGCUCCGAGCUGCACGAGCUCUUCCCGGACUUCGCCGCCCUCGCCGCGCUGGCCUUGGCGCUGCCCGCGGGCGCCGGCCUCCUGGACAAGGUGGGCCGCAGCCGCGAGCUGCGCUGGUGGGGGCCGAGCGGGGCCGGGGAAGGCCGGGGCGGCCCGGCGGUGAAGAUCGCCGUGGAUGGGCCGCCGCUGCACGAGUUUGACUUUGCGCUGGCCGCGGAGUUCUUGGAGAGCGGGUGGGCGGAGGGGCUCCUGGGGUCGCGGCUCACGUGAGGGCGGCCGCCGUCCCUCCGCCCCGCCAGCCGGGCGCCCUGGGCGCCCCAGGGGCCAAGGCGGAUUUGGCCAAGCUGACCGCCUGACUGUGGCCUCCCACCCCCCUGGCGGGUGCUUCCUCCGCUCCACGCUGAGCCUGGGCCGCGAGCUGGCAGAGAUGCUGGAUUUGGGGGCACCCUCCACAUCGCUCCUGCCCUUGCCAGAGUUUGGUGAGGAAUAGGUCACCUUUUCCCCUCUGGAUCCAGCCCACGCUGGGGUCCUAGAAAAGCUGAGGAGUCUUGGUCGGAGGGAGAGAGGAAGACUGGGUCUCAGGGACUGAGGGAUUGAGGGAAAGGAGAAUGGGUUCUUGGCUCUUAGCUCCCCUCCUGGCAGCAUAUCUUCUCAGACAAAACUGGAGAGCAGAUGACUUUCCUUGGUUUUGACACACAGCAUGGCACCUUCUCUGUGCACAGGCUACCAGUUCAAGGGAGGUAGUGGUGCCCUCCCUCCCCUACCCACUGAUAGGUAGGCUGCCUGAGGUUCUUCUGCAUAUGGCUGUGUAUAUAGACAUAUACAUCUGUAAGUGUAAAAUAAACCUAUCUUGCAAAUUGUUAACACAAAAUCUAAAAGGACUUCUUACGGUUUUGCAAUGAGAAGGUCCAGGAAAGUCCCAAUGGACUGGAUUUAUUUCUAAUUCUUUUCUUCCUCAAAGUCUGGCUGCGCCCAAAGUUCCUAGCCUUCCCCUGCCCUUGCCUCAGACCUUUAAGACCAAAGACUGUAAAACCACAAGGCUGGACCGGCCAACUCUGAGGACCACCCUCCAGCCUGACCCAGGGGUUGGAGGGCUUUCUGCCUCCUGGGAGGAGUCGGGCCUCAACAGAGCUAGGGGAACACAUCCCUUCAGAUUCCAAUGGGUUUGCCAUUCUCUCUGUCAGCCUUGCUGUACAUG